CCGCAUGUUCUCGCGUCAGGCUUGCUGCCAGUGAGAAAAAGCAGAAACCGGACGGGUCGGCGCAAGCAGCCAUGAACGGGCGCAAGAGAUUUAUUAGAAUUGCACGUCUUUCUUCUCCAGGCCAGGCUAAUCGUCGAGCUCUCCCAACACAAGAAGCGCGCCAUCCAAGCGGGGUUGGCUUUGACUAAUCACCUGCAGGCCAGCAGAAAAAUAGGUAGCGCGUCGGCAUAGGCCUAGAGGCGAAGUCUGGCUGCUGCGAGCGCCCGCGGAGAAACACCACGCUGGUCCGCGACACAUCACCGGAAAAGGCGAAACCUUCGAGUGACGGACAGAUUCAUUCAUGGACGGCGUAGAUCUGCCCACUGCGGACGAGCAGCAGCAGCAGCAGGUACCCGCUUCUGCGGAGAGUCAGUCAAAGCCUGCGUCGUCCACGUCUACGCCCAAAGCUCGCCCUCGCAAGGGCAAGGGUAAGACCGAAGGUGGCAGCGCAGCAGACGGCGGGGACGGCAAGAGGAGGUGCGUUAGCACCGCAUGUAUAGCGUGUCGAAGGCGUAAAUCGAAAUGCGACGGCAAUCUCCCUGCAUGCGCCGCGUGUUCCUCCGUUUACAAUACCGAGUGCGUGUACGAUCCCAACUCUGAUCACCGUCGCAAAGGUGUAUACAAGAAGGAUAUAGACAAGCUCAAGACCCGCAACUCAACAUUAGAGGUGCUGAUCCAGGCCAUCCUCAACUCGACUGAAGAUGAGGUCCCUGCCCUCGUCAAACAGAUACGCACAUGCGAAAGUUUAGACUCGGUAGCUGAAAGUAUUCUGGCCAAGGAGGCUGGUCUGGAAGAGGAGGAUGAGGAAGUAGACGAGGGCGGAGGAGGCGCGGUGGGUCAUUUUGAGGGUGCGCUGAGUGGUAAAAUGGGCCAGUUGCAGCUUGAGGAAGGGUCGACACGGUACCUGGGCGGCACGUCGAACCUGAUAUACCUCACCAGCGAGGCCGAGGAUCUUGAUGCAGGCGGUGCCGUGGGGGUGCCAGAGCAAUAUGAUAGCCAACAGGAGGCUAUUGUGAGCUGGACGAACGUGACGAUCGACCCUGAGCUUGUCACGCAUCUCAUUGAAAUGUACUUCACCUGGCACUACACAUACUUCACAACGCUGUCCAAAGCGGCAUUCUACAGGGACUUCAUGCGGGGAAUGCCUCCUUCCGGGGUGAGGAAAUACUGCACCCCCUUGCUUGUCAACGCCAUGUUAGCUCUUGGAUGUCAUUUCACGAGUUGGCCGAAUGCCAGGGAAGAUCCUAACGACUCCGCUACUGCAGGUGAUCAUUUUUUCAAGGAGGCGAAAAGGUUGAUCAUGGCGAACGACGAGCACGAGCAUCCGAGGUUGACAACGGUGCAGGCGUUAGCCUUGAUGUCUGUGAGGGAGGCGGGUUGUGGGAGGGAGGCCAAAGGCUGGGUCUACAGUGGCAUGAGCUUCCGCAUGGCUUGCGACUUGGGCUUGAAUCUUGAUUCUGGAACACUCUCUGGCUCGCUGGAGUCGGGACUGGACGACGAGGAAAUAGACGUAAGAAGGAUUACGUUCUGGGGUUGCUUCUUGUUUGACAAGUGUUGGUCAAAUUACUUGGGACGUCUACCACAGCUUCCUCUCUCGAUCGUCACCGUGCCAAAGUUCGAGGUGUUCCCGAUGGAGGACUCGGCCAUAUGGGCUGCAUACACUGACUCCGGUGUCAACCAGUCGCAUGCGCAACCUUCAAGGACGAGAGCAGUCGCCUUGCAAAUAUCAGCGUUGUGCGAGAUUUCAAGCGACCUCAUGAACAAUUUUUACAAUCCCAUUGAUAUUGACAAGUCUAAAGGGAAGCAAGCCGAGCUGAAGAAACUCAGUGAUAUACAUCAACGACUUGAGACGUGGAGACGAAAUUUACCGCAGGAGCUAGAGCCCAAAGAAGGUGGCUUGCCGAGUAUGUUGGUCAUGCACAUGUUUUUCCAGUUGCUAUACAUUCAUCUGUUUCGGCCUUUCUUGAAAUACAAUCAGCAGAACUCUCCGCUUCCGCAAAAUGUUUCUCCACGACGACUUUGCACGCAAGCCGCGGGCAUGAUCUCCAAGUUAAUGCGGCUUUAUAAAAGAUCUCAUGGAUUGCGACAGAUUUGCAACAUUGCCGUUUAUAUCCUUCACACUGCUUGUACGAUACAUCUUCUCAACCUCCCAGAUAAGAAUGCGCGCCGAGACAUUACACAUGGUGUCAAGCACCUCGAAGAGAUUGCUGAGGGAUGGCUAUGCGCUAGGCGCACCCUAGCCAUUCUGCACGUUCUCUCACGCAAGUGGAAGGUCGAUUUACCCGAAGAAGCAAUCACCGUCUUGCAAAGGACGAAUAGUAAAUAUGGCGCUUGGGGAAUUGAAACGGCGAAGACACCGUCUCAAAAAUCAGAAAGCUUGUCUCCCUCAGCCAUGAGUCCGCCAGAAGCGAUGUUCCAACCCGUGUCUGCAAGCUCGAAUUUCAAUUCUCAGACGCAAAACCCCCAGACCGCUCAGAUCGGUGGUGUAUCGCCCCAUCCUGUCCAAGGAUCAAGCGAAAUAAAUACACUUCCUCCUCAGACAGUAGCAGAAAUGCAAGCUCGUCUUAUGCACACGUCGCCAGCACAAACUACACAACAUGGCACACCGGUAUCCCGCACGAGCAUCGACUCGAACAUGACACCUGCGGGCAACUCUCCUUCCGCCCUUUUUGGCGGUGUAGAUCAGUUGCUGCGCGACAGCCAGGAUUGGUGGUUAAGAGAUCAAAGCCAAUUGGCGCUAGGAUUCGAGCAAUGGCCUGUUGGUGACACGGAUUGGUCGCUUCCCAUGCCGAUUAGCCCACCGCCUGCACAGCAGAAUCAUCAUUCUAACGUGAAUGUAACUUCCUCGCCAGCUAUGCAGACACAGAGCAAUGGCGGGUAUCACACGACAGGAGGACAGUAUUCAGGGCUAAACGGAGCCAAUGGAUUGAACAUGCAGCCGCAGGGCUUCGGGAGUGGAAUCCAGCAGUAUCCUGAUGAACAUCAAUGGUACUCGUAAACCUAAAUUAGAAUUUCCUUUUGCGGUCAGUUAAGCGAAAAUGUGGAUGGUUUGGCAAACGGUGUCACGGUUCUGGACGGCUAUGUGUCUCUAUUAUAGAUGGGAUCUUUUGGCGGUGUUUAUGAUGCGUACGACGUGAUGUGGCAUGAGAACUGGUGUCUGGCGGAAAAUUCCACUUGUGCUCAGCAAUGGACCUGCUCUGUGGGGUCGACUACUUCGCUCUCAUCCUUCACUUUGAUAUCCAUCUAGUUCAUGGUUUGCGAUUGUUUAGCUUGGAUUGAACAGAAAGGGUUGAUCUCAUUCGAAUGGCCUUUUGCAUUUCACUCAGUUUUCAGCCUUAUGCAAACUUGCUUAAGUUUCGUUGUAUCACCUCAUUGGUCUUUGUGCGUCUUGGUGCGUCUUGUGUCUUGAACUAGGGCCUUCUUUUCGCUAUUAGAAUCUUCCUUUUCUUGUCGCCAUGAUUGCUCUGGGCAG